AUGAACCGCCAGUUUAGCUCUCGGGCAUGGCAGCCACUGAUUAGCAGCCGCAGCCGGCCGUUGUGGCUCCCUCGAGGCGCAACGCGCUUCAAGCAGCAUGAGGCCUUCGAUGCCCGUUUGGACAGAGACACGCUGGCAGAGACUCGCGCGUGGUUCGCCGGCUUCAACGAGGACCAGCUGCCCAGGGGAAGUACUUCGUUUGCGCGGUCCAGCGGUGCUGGUGGGCAGCAUGUCAACAAGACCGAGACCAAGGCGAUAACCGUCUUUCCCCUAUAUGAGUUGCUGGCGAUCCUGCCCAAGACUCUACACACACACGUGAGGGCGUCGCGCUACUACACGGCAAACAAUGACUCCCUGACGUUCCAUGCCCAAACGUCGAGGUCGAGGAACGCUAACAUGGAGGAGAACCGUGACAAACUGGUGGCCGAGAUCAAGCGCAUCUACCACGCCAACACUCCAAACGAGACGAGCCAGGACAAGAAGGACAAAUAUGAGGAAGUAUCCAAAAAGUUCCACGAGACCCGGGUCAAGAGCAAAAAAGUACUGAGCUCCAAGAAGCAGGCGCGCAGAGGAUCUGCGGAUUGA